AUGUCUUGUAAAACAAUAUUAUCUAAAGAAAUUUCAGCAAGUUUCAGAGAGGAAAUAAAAAAAACAAUAGAUUCACGAGAAAUUCAUCCAAAACUCGUAGGCUUUCUUGCAAAUGAUGAUCCCUCGGCAAUAAAAUAUGCAGAAGCAACCGCUAAAACUUGCGAAGAGACAGGUGUUAUAUUUGAAUUAAGAAAAUGUAAUAGAGAAACAUUAGAAGAAAAUGUCGUCGAGGCAAAUGAAGAUGACACCAUACAUGGAAUAAUGAUUUAUUAUCCUGUAUUUGGAGAUCGUCAGGAUCAAUAUCUUCAAAAUGUUGUUAGUCCUUCAAAAGAUGUAGAAGGAUUAUGUCACAAAUAUGUAUAUAAUAUGUAUCAUAACAUUCGAUAUCUGGAUAAACUACAAACUAAAAAAUGUAUUAUCCCAUGUACGCCAUUAGCUAUAGUUAAGGUGUUGGAAUAUAUUGGAGUGUAUAAUUCAGUCCUACCUUAUGGAAAUAGAUUACACGGACGUGUAAUAACAGUGAUUAAUCGUAGUGAGAUUGUUGGUCGUCCACUUGCUGCUUUAUUAGCAAAUGAUGGUGCAAAGGUAUAUUCUAUUGAUAUAAAUAAUAUUCUUGAAUUUCACCGUGGCACAGGAUUAAAAUUAAAAAAGCAUGAAGUUCAUGAAACAAAUCUUAAAUUAGAAGACGUGGUUCCUAUUUCAGAUGUAGUUGUGACAGGAGUUCCAACAUCAACUUAUAAAUUACCUACAAACUUAUUACGUGAUGGUGCUAUUGCUAUAAAUUUCUCUUCUUUUAAAAAUUUUGAUGAUAACGUUAAAGAAAAGGCUAGUAUAUUUGUUCCUGCUAUUGGUAAAGUUACUAUUGCAAUGCUUGAAAGAAAUUUACUUAGAUUGUAUGAUUAUCAAUUGUCAAAUUAA